CCUCAACUAACAACCUUUGUAUUAAUUAGGCCACACAAAGAACAAGUGGCACCUAUAUUCUUCUCUUCUUUGCUCAAUAGAGUUUCAGAGCACUCAUCAAGUUUUGUCGGCUAUAGCAGGGUUCCUAAUCUAGUCUGCAUUAAUUUGCACAUCCCUGAUGUUUCGGCAUCAACAUUAGAACCCUCGACGCGUGUGGAACAAGAAAGAUAAUUGGAUGAUGAGAUUACAGCUACUUUGAUACCAAAGAAGAGUUCGACAAGUAGAGCUGAUCGUCUUUCAUAUCGAGCUAUUGAAGCAGCACGUCGUACUAUAAUCGGACACUUUCAUCAUGCUAUGAGCGGAAAAUUCCGAAGAAAUGAUAAGAUAUGGGUAAGCAUUCUCACAGAUAUCCCUAUUACCAGGAGUCUUUCCUUACCAUAGUUGAACCUUAUGUACCUUCAACAUCCUAUUCAUAUUGCCUUGACUUGCGCACUGCAAUGGACUGAUUAUCCUAGUUGAUCUUGAUUCUGACAUUAGAAGUAUACUAAUUUUCUUGUCCUAAGUGUUUUUGGGCACAAAAUGGCACAAAGCCAAACAACAUUUGUGAAUAAAAAACUAGAGUUUUCUGAUAAUACUAAAGAAAAAUAUGAUUUAGUAGACUUGUUGAGAUCAGAAGCAGAACUCAUGGGUAAGGGAACUUUUGGAAGUAGCUACAAGGCAGAAUUGGAAAAUGGGAAUAUUGUGUUUGUUAAGAGGUUAAAAGAUUGUUGUUUGGUUCAAGAGGACUUCAGCAAAAAGAUUCAAGAAUUGGCAAAAUUGAGUGAUCACCAUAGUUUGCUUCCUCUAAGAGCUUAUUAUUAUUCAAAAGAUGAGAAGCUUCUUGUAUUUGAUUACAUGCCUAUGAGCUUGGCUUCCCUUUUGCAUAAAAAUGGAGUGGCUAAGAAAUCUCAACUCACAUGGGAAGUAAGGACUAAAAUCGCUUAUGGAGUUGCUCGUGGUCUCGAAUUUCUCCAUUCUCAGGGUCCUGGCAUUUGCCAUGGUAACAUAAGGUCAUCCAAUGUUCUACUCACCAAUUCUUUCGAUGCUCAUCUCUCAGAUCAAGGAUUAUUUGGACUUUUCAUGCCAAACACCAUGUUAAUUGUGCUCAACGUGGGCUAUCAGGCACCAGAAGUGGGAUAUGCCUACGACGUUUCUCAAAAAUCAGAUGUUUACAGCUUCGGUGUCCUGUUGUUGGAAUUAUUGACCGGUAAGGCCCCGUUAGACGCCGUUGGCAAGCACAAAGGGAUUGAUUUGCCUAGUUGGGUUCGAAUAAUGUUCCAAGAAAGGCCUAUUAUGGAUGUUUUUGACAAGAGUAUGCUGGAAAAUUACAAGAAUUUUGGAGAUCAAACGGUUCAAUUGUUACAACUAGCAAUUUGUUGUACUUUCAAGAAUCCUAAUAAAAGGCCUUCAAUGGUUGCUGUGACUGAUCAAAUAAAAAGGACAUGUAGUUUUAAAUCAUGAUUAUGGUUAUUAGUAGUUAAUAAUCAUUGAGAACCGUUCUGAAAUUCUAAGUUUCAUCAACUCUAAUGACUAGAAAUUUAUAAUGCACUGUCUCUGUGUAUAUUGAGUACAAUGAAUUUCAUGUCAAUUCAAUUUUGGCCAAUUUUGUACUUUGGAUAA